GCUGUCAUUAUCCAUUCACCACCAUUAGCCUAUACAAAUGCGAAGAAAUCUGCGUUUAGACUGGAGGGCCCUGGCACUGUUGGGUGCCCUCCUCUCGAUUAUUAUCGAUUGGCCGGGCUUAAUGUAUGCGAUGCCAACAAUUUUGCCACCUUUGGCCAUGGCUGCACCAGCGUCGGACACCAUAAAUGUAAUUAAAAACGAUAAAAUCUUAAAUGUCUUAAAUCCUUACGAGCAUGCCGACACAGAGAUGCAUGUUCAGCGUAGUGUAAAGGACGAAUUUACAGUCGAUGAGUCAAAUCGACCAUUUAGUGAUUUACAAGAAAUACAACGAACGACAACCCCACAGCCGUUAGUAGUAGAGGAAGAAGCGGAAGCAGAUAUUUCCGUUUCCACAAUGGAAACGUUGGAAAUGCAAACGGAACGACAUCAUCAUCAUCGUCCAGAGAUGAUGAGUGAGAAGGAGCAGGAAAACGAGAAUCUAAAUAGUAUUAGUGAAAACGAUAUUGAUCGUACAACAAAAACAACAACAGUAAAUGCAUCAGUGGAUAAUGUAACGGAUAAUGUACAAAGUCCACAAGAAGUCGCAACAGAAGGCGUGUCAUCAUCAACAAAUACUCAUAUCAUGGACUCAUGGACAACCAACACCCCCACAAGCGAAAUAACGUCAUUCCCAUCAAUUAUCACGACCACCACCGAAUCAUCAGCCCAAAUACAAUCGACAUUAAUGCCCAGCACAGUUAUCGAUAACGAUAAUGUCAUCCACCUUACCAAAGAAAACGAAACGGAGGCCCCAGCCACCGAUAUACGUUCCACAUUUCAGUUCUCUGCGUCACAUAAUCUGGCCAUUUUGUCCAGAACGGAACGUAGCAUACGUUCGUCAUCAUCAUCUGCCGCCUCAGCGGCCGCAGCAUCAUCAGCAUCUGGUCGUGGCAUCGGCUCUGGCGGUGUUGGUCUUGUGCGACGUUCAUCCGAUAUGGGUGGCAUGAAAACCAAAAGACUGAAUAAUUCUAGAAAUCUACAUAAUAAAUAUAAUUUGGAUCGCAAUGAACGUUCGACGGUGUCUCAUCUAUCGGGUCCAUCACGUAAAAUACAAUUGUAUAUAAAAAAUCGCUUCUUACAGCUGUUGCCAGAUGGUACGGUCAAUGGAACGCCAGAUGAUCAAAGUGAAUACACAAUACUACAACGUUCUACUGUCGACGUGGGGCGUAUUAAAGUUCAAGGCGUUGCCACUUGCCUUUAUUUAUGCAUGGAUCCAUGCGGUGCUGUUUAUGGCUCGAAAGAGUUCACCGACGACUGUGUCUUCAAUGAAAACAUGGAACAGCACAACUACAACACCUAUUCGUCGACUUACAACUCGAAUUCAAGGCGAAAAUACUAUUUGGCAUUGAAUCGCCAUGGUGAACCGAGAAAACUGCAAAUACCACCCACCCGUUCGCUGGGCAAACUGGCGACCUAUACGAAUGCCAUUACCGAAUCGGUGCCGCAAGAACGUGUCGAACAGCUGAUUGCAAAGAAUUUCGGGGCGAAUCGCAUUAAACAUGGCAUACGUCAACUCUGUGAUACUGGCAAACCAUUGAUCGAACUGAUCGAUAGCAAAAACUUUAAAGCACAUCCGAAGUGCAAUCCAAACAGUAGUAGUAGCAAUAGUAAUAGCAAUAGUCAUAACACAGCUAAUAGUAGUAAUAGUAAUAGCAAUAAAAACAAUAAGCAUAAUUUAAAUAGCAGUAGUAGUACUAGUCUAGGCAAUAGCAAUAGUGGCCAAUUAUUGAACAACGUUCCUGCUGCCAAUGAUAAAACUAAAUUAAGCAAUAGCUCUAGUUCAAGUGGUAGAAAUAGUAAUAAUAGCAAUAGCAACAACAACAAACCAGAAACAAAUCAGCGUAGUAGUAGUAGCAACAACAACAAUAGCCAGAGUAGUAUUAGCAAUAGUCAAAAUAAUGGCCAUAUUAGCAAUAGCAGUAGUAAUAGUAAUAGCAAAACAACAUCGGCGACAGCAACAACAAAUGGUAGUAGUAAUGGUAGUCCGAAGGGUCGAGGGAAGAAGUUACGCAAAUGUCGACCCUAUGAAAAUGAGGAAGAGCACAAUUGCCAGCGUAGGCCACAGGCAUUGCAGAAACCAGGCAAACAGAAAAGGUGCAGGGAACUAAUGUUGCAACAACAGCAGGAGGGUAUCACAGAUAUCGUAUUGCCGCCCAUGUGCAAGAAGAAGGGCCCCAAGAAGCAGGGCGCCAAGAACAACAAACGUCCGGCUGGCGAGGGUCGCAACAAAAACGGCCUCGGCACCGAUGGCCUGGGCCCCAACAACAGAAGAGGGAAAAAGCUAAGUAGUGGCCUGGGUCCAGGUCCAGCAGCGGGUGGUCGCCAGCCAGCUAAACAAAAUGGUGGCAAUGGCGGCGGCGGUGGUCAAAAGAAGAAACAAAAGAAUCCCAAACGGGGUGGAGGUGCUGGUGGUGGCGGCCCUGGUGCCAAUGGCAAAAACAAAAAACAACAACAGCAGCAAAAAACUACCACAACGACAACCGAAAGAACCUCGACAAGCCCCUCUACCUCAACGCUUGAUUCAAGCUUUUGGGAAACCUCAUCACUGAUGCCUUCAUCCACACUCUUCGAUACCUACGAUCCGCAUGCCGAAAGCACCAGUGAUCGUGGCGAUCGUGAACAACGCAACGUAAGAUACUCCAAUUCCAUGGAAGAGUCCAUGGAAGUGUCAUCCGAAGACACAUCGGCGGCGGUGGAUGACAACGAAGACGAGGAUGAUGGCUAUACGGCGGACGGUGAAGAAGACGCCAGCUAUGAAGAUGAUUCAUUUGUUUCGAGCAGCAGUCACAUGCCCCAUGCUGAGGCGGAUAUUGCCAAUCCGCCAAUAGCAGGGGGUGCAGAUGAUUUCCUGUAUUACGACCAGCUUGAUGUCCUACCCAUGGGACUUUGGGAAUUGACAGCUGUCAUAUGGAUACUCGUUUGGAGUCUACAAGUAAUCAGCUGAUGAUUAACUU